AUGGCGAUCACGGCAGCAAAUAUCUCCAAGGCGCAGCUGAAGCACUGUCUCCUGCUAUACCCUGAUGUUAUUGACGAGGUAUACGACAGCAGAAUCAAGAAUAGUAAGAAGUUGUUCGAAGCGAAAGUGAGGGACAAAUGGCGUUAUGAAGAGCUGCCGAAUGCUCUCAAAGUAGCUAGGGGUAUGAGUCUUGCUGAGCUAGAGAGACUUGUCCAGUGGAAGAUCACACACGGCCAGAACCGACCAUUUCUGCCAUCAAUGGUUCGGAAGAACGAUGCAGGUACUGUAACCAAAGCUACAGAAAAAGCCGCCAAGCUGCUCUCGUCUCUCAACGCAACUACGACAAGUCAGAAGGCGCUUGAACUCACGCUUUCGGCACUAGACGCAGCAUGCAUAUUGACAGGUGUAGGACCAGCAACGGGAGCUCUCGUCUUGUCCGUCUAUGAUCCCAACAAUGCUGUGUUCUUUCAGGAUGAGUUGUUCGCCUGGUGUGUGCCCGAAAAGAAGGAUACGAAAUUGAAGUAUGACAAGAAGGAGUACAGUGAGCUCUUCAAGCGUGCAUAUGAUCUCAGGGAGCGUCUUGGGGACGGGACGCAAAUGGUGGAACUUGAAAAAGCCAGCUUUGUACUGCAACAUCUCGAUGUGGUCGAUGAAGCGAGCAGAGAAGCGCUGGAGGCAGGGCCUGUUGACAGCGUAAUCCAGUUGGCGAACGAACAAGCCAGCUCGAAGGCUACCGAUAGCAAAGGCACAUCUGACGCUGAGACGUCCCCGCCUCCGGCAGUCCAGAAAGCGGCUAGCCGCAACACAACGAAGACGAAGCGCAAGAAAGCCGAUGAGACUGCAACACCCGCUGCAAAGAGGAAAAGAGCUAAAAAGUGA